AUGGAGAACAGAACAGAAGUGACAUGGUUCAUCCUGGUUGGACUCACCAAUGACUCACAACUGCAGCUUCCCCUCUUCAUCACCUUCCUCCUCAUCUAUACUGUUACCUUUGUAGGAAACCUGGGACUGAUCCUAUUGAUUCUCUUAGACUCUCGGCUCCACACGCCCAUGUACAUUUUCUUAAGUAACCUGUCCUUAGUGGACUUCUGUUACUCUUCAACAAUCACUCCAAAGGUCAUAGCUGGAAUCCUCACAGGAGACAAGAUCAUGUCCUACAAUGCUUGUGCCUCUCAGAUGUUCUUUUUUGCAAACUUUGCCAAUGUGGAAAACUACCUUUUAGUCUCCAUGGCCUAUGAUCGCUAUGCAGCAGUGUGUAAGCCCCUACAUUAUGCCACCACCAUGACAAAACGUGUGUGUGCAUCUUUAGUCAUUGGCUGUUAUAUCUGUGGUUUGCUGAAUGCUUCCAUCUAUACUAUGGAUGCAUUAAGUCUCUCCUUCUGUGAGUCUAAUGUGGUUCAUCAUUUUUUCUGUGAUGUUUUGGCAAUCAUGACUACCUCUUGCUCUGAUAGACAUGUUAACGAACUGAUUCUUGUUUAUUUAGCCAGCUUCAAUGUAUUUUUUGCCCUUAUACUCAUCUUAAUAUCCUACAUGUUCAUUUUUACCAACAUACUAAAGAUGCAUUCAGCUUCAGGAUAUUGUAAAGCUAUCUCCACAUGUGCCUCACACUUAACAGCUGUCUUCAUUUUCUAUGGGACGAUCAUAUUCAUGUACUUACAGCCCAGCUCCCAUCACUCCAUGGACACUGACAAAAUUGCAUCUGUGUUCUACACCAUGAUCAUCCCUAUGCUGAACCCUCUGGUCUAUAGCCUGAGGAACAAGGAUGUGAAAAGUGCAUUCACAAAGAUUGUAUUGAGGUCAGGAUGA